CUGUGAUACGGGUGGGCGGGGCCGUGUCAACGAGCAGGAAGUGGAGUGGUCGCGACCAUCCAAACCUGAGGAAAGAGUGGAGGGAACUGGUAAAAGGAGAGAGAGUGUGUGAGUGAGUGAGUGAGCGAGGGGAGGUGUGAAGAAAGGAGAAGAAGUGAGGGACGCGGGAUCCCUACCGACAGCGACUGCGAUCACCAGGCACCCCCACCUGAACAAGGAAGUCAAAACUGAAAGUAAAGAGUCGACCGAUACUCUCAAAACUUCCUCCAAACUUUCUCCGACAAACUUUUCUACCCAGAGCGGGCGUGGGAGAGCGGAUCCACUCCCGGUCAAGCCUUCAGCGGGGAGAGGAGAGAGGGCCGUCAUCAUACGGCCGUUCCCCUGGGCAAGGAAUGACACCCAGCUGAGGUCUGAUCGGAAUCGAACCCCGCAGCCAAGAUGGGGGCAACGGGCCGAAGCCUGCUCCAUCAGUGUAUGGUGCUGCUCCUGGUCCCGGCUUCUGUCCUUUGUGCAGGAUGUACAGGCCCUGACCGACGGACCUCACCCAGCGGGCGGAUCCGCGCCCCCACCCUGCCCGAAUACUGGAAUCAGACUGUUCUCUGCUCCUGGAUUAUUGAGGCCUCGCCCACGGAGAGAGUCACCCUCAGAUUCCUGAGCUUUCGCCUGCCCUGCUUCAUGGGUUCGCUGAAAGUGGGCCGGUCCAGCGGGGAGCCCAAGGAGUUGUGCGGGACUGUCCGCCCGCCCAACCUCACCUUCGCUGGGGGCUCUGUCUCCAUCUCCUUCCAGUCCAGAUACGUGUCCCGACAAGCGUUCCGGCUCUCGUACACCAAAGAAUCCCUCUGCCCUCUAUGCCCACAUGGGGAGUGCUCCCUGGACACGGUGCCCUGCUCUUCCCUCUCCACCCCUGCUCUUUCCUCCUACAUCUCCCAACCCCCUGCACCCUGCCUCCAGCGCCGCCACCAUUCCUUUUGGGGUUCGGUGCGCUCCCCGGACCUGGACGCGCCGCUCCCCCGCGCCCCUCUCCUGUGCUGCUGGCUGCUAGAAACGGGGGACCCGCGGCAGCUGGAGCUGAGCCUAGAGCUGCGGCUGGCCGAGGGAGACCGGCUGGAGGUGCGGCCGGGUUCAGAGGGCCGGAUCGGGGACCAGGUCCCGCCGCUGGCCGUCUUCUUCGGACCUCCGGGCGGAGAACAGGAGUCUGUCGCCCGCACCUUACUGGUCCCCGCGGGCUCCGCCCAUCUCAGCUACAGCUCUGCCGGUGGCUGGAGCUCCGGCGGCUUCGCCGCCUCGUUCCGUGCGCACGGCUACUGCCCCCCGCCCCUGAUCCCGUGCCGGGACGGCGGAUCUCCCACCUGCUUCUCCCCGCAGCAGCGCUGCGACAGCCGCUGGGACUGCGAGCAGGGUGCCGACGAGAGCGGUUGCCCCCGCUGCCCGGCAGGCUUGUUCCCGUGUGGCGUUGGCGCAGGCCCAUGCUACCGAGCCUCGGACCGCUGUAACUACCAGGCGGCGUGCCCGAACGCGGCGGACGAGCGCGACUGCAGCUGGUGCCAGUCUGGAAACUUUCGUUGCGGAGACGGGCGCUGCAUCUUCGAGAGCUGGGUUUGCGACGGCCAGCGGGACUGCACAGACGGCAGCGACGAGAGCGGGUGCUCUGCCAUCGGCCGGCCGCUGCCCCGCAAGGUCACCACGGCGGCGGCGCUCGGCAGCCUGGUUUGCGGGCUGCUGAUGGUGGUGGCGCUCGGAUGCACCUGCAAACUCUACCGGCUCAGGAGCAGAGAGUACAGCCUGCUGACGCCCCUCGCUCAGAUAGAAGCCGAGAUUAUCCAUCAACGCGCCCCUCCUUCCUACGGCCAAUUGAUCGCGGAAGGGUCCAUUCCGCCUGUUGAGGACUUUCCAACGGACAACCCCAACGACGUCUCGGUGCUGGGGAACCUGCGCUCGAUGAUACACCUUCUGCGGCACAGGCCCGACCAGACACGGCGACGGCGCAGAUACCGGACCGCGCGCCGCUUCCUCCGCCGGCUGCGACGCUCCCGCCUCGGCGGCCUCUUCAUGCGCUACCGGAGCGUCCCCCGAACCCCGGCGGCCUCCGCCGCCGCUGAACCCGCUCCUGCGGACACUGACCCCAAUCCCCCGGAGACCACCCUUCCCAAAGCCGGCCUCCCCCGGGACACCUCUUCCCCCUUCCCGGCCGCUGCGGACUCCCUCGGCCUCCCCCUCCUGCCCCUGCCCACUACCGAGUGGAGGCAGGGCGAGGAGGACCACCUCCCGUUGAUAUUGUGAGGGGUGGGUAUUGUGACGCUCAGGUUCCUCAGUCCCUCCCUGAGGGAUGAUGAACCUCCACAUUCCCUCCAACCUCUUCUCACUCUGACCCCCAUACCCCUUCCCCUCUCUCAGCCUCCUUUCUCCCCCACUCGCCUCCACCAUAACCUCAACUCCCACUCUCCCCACUUCUUCCUGUCUUUCACUCACAAACUCCGGUCUUUCUCCGGCAACCCGUCCCCCUUGCCCCAGCCCACCCCUCGUGUUGGACGGCGUGGGCGGUGGUGGGUUCAGGCGCGCGUUUCUCGUCGGGUGGCCUGCACGAUAAGUUGUGAAAGUAAACCUUGUAAUUGAUCUGU